CCCUGUGUUGACCCAACGUCAGCCCUCACACACGACCACCACGAUGACCUCCGCAGGUAAUACAUCCAGCCAGCUGCCGCCAUCGACGGCAGACCUUGCAACGACAUGGGCUUUUCUCGAGGAGGGCGUCGACCACAUCAUGACCAAGCUACAGACUGGCGUCUCAUACACCAAGUACAUUGGCCUGUACACAGUAGCUUACAACUACUGCACCUCAUCGCGCAUGCACGGCGAUACAGUCCCAGCCCCUGGAUCUCGCACGGGUGCUAAUCUGAUGGGCUCUGAUCUGUACAAUAAUCUCAUACGGUACUUCGUAGCGCAUUUGAAGAGCCUACGAGAGCAAUCCGAUUCUUUACUGGACGAGGCGCUCUUACGGUACUACGCCAGGGAGUGGGACAGAUACACAACAGGAGCCAACUACGUCAACCGACUUUUUACAUAUCUUAACCGACAUUGGGUGAAGCGCGAGCGAGAUGAAGGUCGAAAAGGCGUAUAUCCCGUUUACACCCUCGCCCUCGUGCAGUGGAGAACGAACUUCUUCCUUCACGUUCAAAAUAGAAAUGGAAAGCUAGCCGGCGCGAUCCUCAGACUUAUCGAGCGCCAACGAAAUGGAGAGACGAUUGAUCAGGGCCUCGUAAAGAAAGUCGUGGACUCGUUCGUCUCACUGGGUCUUGACGAUACCGAUAUCAACAAGACCUCCCUGGAUGUCUAUAAAGAACACUUGGAAAUUCCUUUCUUGGAGGCUACUGAGAAGUAUUACGAACAAGAAUCCGAAGCAUUCUUGGCCGAGAACAGCGUGUCGGAUUACCUCAAGAAAGCUGAGGAACGUUUGAGGGAAGAGGAAGACCGAGUUGAUCGUUACCUCAAUGCUGAGACCAAAAAGCAACUCAUUAGCAAAUGCGAGCACGUUCUUAUUCGUCAGCAUGCGCCUCUCAUGUGGAAAAGCUUCCAAAACCUCCUCGAUUACGACAAAGAUGAGGAUCUUCAACGAAUGUAUGCUCUACUGUCACGCAUCCCGGAGGGACUAGAACCGCUGAGGAGGAACUUCGAGGAACACGUCAAGAAAGCUGGAAUGACUGCAGUGUCGAAGUUGGUUGGCGAGGGAACCGAUAGCACAGACGGCCUAGAUCCCAAGGCCUAUGUCGACGCUCUAUUAGAGGUUCAUCGGAAAAACUCGGACACAGUCACGCGGAGCUUCAGAGGAGAAGCUGGUUUCGUCGCCAGUCUUGACAAAGCUUGCAGAGAGUUCGUUAAUCGGAACGCCGCUACCGGCACGUCGACAACCAAAUCACCUGAGUUGCUCGCCAAGCAUGCUGAUAUGCUCCUGAGAAAGAACAAUAAGAUGGCGGAGGAGGAAGACCUCGAAGGUGCACUGAACCGUGUGAUGAUCUUGUUCAAGUACAUAGAAGAUAAGGACGUGUUCCAGACGUUCUACACCACGAAGUUAUCAAAACGUCUCAUUCACGGCGUGUCAGCCUCGGAUGAGGCGGAGGCGAGCAUGAUUUCCAAACUGAAGGAGGCAUGUGGCUUCGAAUAUACCAACAAGUUGCAGCGAAUGUUCACCGAUAUGAGCCUUAGUAAGGAUUUGACGGACCAAUUCAAAGAGCGUAUGCAACAAAAUCACGAUGACAUGGACAUCAACUUCAGCAUCAUGGUCCUUGGGACAAACUUCUGGCCACUCAGCGCUCCCAAUAACGAUUUCAUCAUCCCACCCGACAUUUUCCCGACAUAUGACCGGUUCUCGAAGUACUACCAAACGAAGCACUCUGGUCGGAAGCUGACUUGGCUCUGGAACUAUUCCAAGAAUGAGCUCAGAACCAACUACUUGAACCAGAAGUAUAUCCUCAUGACGAGCUCGUAUCAGAUGGCAGUUCUUCUUCAAUACAACAAGCAUGACACGCUCUCACUGGAUGAGCUCAUCGCUGCGACUGCUGUCAGCAAGGACAUUUUGACACAAGUUCUUACGUUACUCGUCAAGGCCAAGGUACUAAUCAAUGAAGAGAGUGACCAGUACGACCUGAAUCCAAACUUCAAGUCAAAAAAGAUACGCGUGAAUCUGAACCAACCUAUCAAAGCCGAGGUCAAGGCUGAAUCGUCGGAGGUGUUGAAGACGGUCGACGAGGACCGCAAGUAUGUCAUUCAGGCUACCAUUGUCCGGAUCAUGAAGGCCCGAAAGACGAUGAAGAACCAGCCAUUGAUACAGGAAGUGAUUUCGCAGAUCUCGCAGAGAUUUGCUCCGAAGAUUCCGGACAUCAAGAAGGCGAUCGACACACUGCUGGAGAAGGAGUACAUCGAACGGGUUGAGGGUACGAAAGACACAUUCGCUUACGUCGCAUAGAUAUCCUGGCUCUUGUGACGCCCCAUGGUUCGGAGGCAGCUUUGCUUGUACUGUAAGGAUGUAGCCAUAAUAUAUUGCAUGCAUACAUAGUUG